ACACGAGGGCACCUGUGUCUAUAAGAGCCCGGAGAUGUUGCAGCUCGGUCUGUUCGCUCGUCCUUCACACCACCCUCCGCUCGACGCUCGCCGCUCACCAACCCCCUGAUGCCAUCCGCGCUCCAGAUCGUCGCCGCGCUCGGCGUCGGCUACCUCGGUCUCGUCCGCGCGCUGCGCUGGCGCAGGUACGACGAGAUCCACCGAAAGUACGCGCACAAGCUCGCGGAUGGGUCUCUGUCGCCCGCGGAGGCGCAGGAGGUCGUGCAGCUCUCCCUGGGGUACGACAUGCACUGGCUCAUGACUCAAGCGCUCUCGUUCGCUUUAUUCAAGACCUAUGGGAUACCCACGAUAUCCAAGCUCCUAGUCGCGACGAAGGAGCUGUCGACGGAGGAGAACGUUGCGAAGCGGUACGCGGAUACGGAGCUAUUGAUAGGCGCCUGGACAGCUUGCCCCAUCAACGGGCGGUACCCUGCGGCUGAGCCGAGAGCGCGAUACGAUCCUCGGGCCAUGAUCAGUAUGGCCCGCGUCAAUUUCCUACACUCAAAGUAUGAUAUUUCGAACGACGAUUACCUCUAUACUCUGUGCUUGUUUCUUUUCGAGCCUAUUACGUGGGCAGAGAAGUACGGAUGGCGGCCACUGUCAGACUUUGAGAAGCAUGCUUGGUUCGUAUACUGGGUCGAAAUCGGAAAGCGGUUGAACAUCAAGGAUAUUCCUCCGACCUACGACGAGCUGAAGGCCUGGAGUCUGCAAUACGAGGAGGAACACAUGGUCCCAUCGCCCACCAACCACGAGGUCGCGCAACAUACCACGAACGAGCUGGUACUGCGCGUUCCUUCUGCUUUUGGCAUCAGGGACUUCGCCAAGCGCUUCACGGUAUGUGCUCUGGACGAGCGGGUGCGAGUCGCGAUGCUCCAAGAACCGCCUCCGCGAUACAUGUACGCCAUGAUGGACGCUGCUUUAUGGCUCGUGGCCUUUGCACAGAAACACUUGAUGCUUCCCCGGUGGAAGAUAGCGAGUGCCAUUACCGUCGACAUGCCCUCCGUCGAUCCGGCCACAGGCAAAAUCUCGCGCACUCAUCCGCCCUGGUUCCGUCCCCGCCCUUGGUAUAUGCCCGAGCCUGGGAACAUUGUGGAAUACCUAGCGCUGCGCUUCCUGCACUGGAUAGGGUACUACCAGUACGCUCCGGGGCCGCAAUGGAGGAGCGAAGGCUACUACUUCGAUGACUUGGGUCCGCGAAAGUUCGAGCAGGAUGGGCGAACCGAUGUCAUGCACUCCGCUGAGAAACUCCUCGGGUGUCCCAUAUCGAAGGAGUGGUGGACUGAAGAGUCCCGCUGAUGCUUCACGCGUAAAAUGGGAUCUAUCGUGGCUCGCUUUCUCGGUUCAGACAUUUGCGCUCGAGACACUCUUAUAUUUCGACAUAGUCUGGGCUUCAGUUACUCUUUCUUCGGCAAG